CCGAACAGAGGAGAGGACCUGAAAUGACACGAACACCAACGCCUCUGCAACUGAUAAUUACAAUAAUUGACUAUCUGUCUCUCUCUUUUUCUCUCUGUGAACCCUAAUUGGCUAAUUCAGCUUCACUCAACUGGUGGCUUUUGCUCCGCUUGUAGUCUCUGUGAGUAAUCAUCGAGAUAUUUGUGUCAGAAGAAUGGAUUCUGGAUCUGUUGAUUUAUCAACUCCAUCUGUUAAAGCUCCCAAUGUACAACCUCCUACUGCCACAGAUCCUGGAACAGAUAAUUCCCCACGUGAUGCACCUUCUAAGUUAUCUGCAGCUGGCAUAGCUUCAUGGGCAAAAAGUUUGAAAAUUCCCCAGCCAUCGUCUUCCUCACAAGAUGAGUCACCAACUGGAAAUUCUGGAAAAUCAAGUUUUGCUCGUUUUACUGGUGGUUUUGGACUGCGCAUGUCUCCAAAAUCCCCUCCAGCUGAUGAUAGUUCUGAAGGAACUUCAACAACUUCCCAACCUGGUUUUAUUGGAACAAUCACUAAAGGCUUUGUUGAUACAUCUAAGAAUGCAGUAAAGGCAGUACAAGUCAAGGCUAGGCAUGCUGUCUCCCAAAAUAAGCGAAGAUACCAGGAAGGAGGUUUUGAUUUGGAUAUGACAUAUAUAACAGAGAAUAUAAUUGCCAUGGGAUUUCCUGCUGGUGAUAUGAGCUCUGGUUUUUUUGGAUAUGUUGAGGGAUUGUAUCGAAACCACAUGGAAGAAGUGAUUAAGUUUUUUGAAACUCAUCACAAGGGCAAGUACAAAGUGUACAAUCUUUGUUCUGAGAGGCUGUAUGAUGCAUCGUUGUUUGAAGGAAAGGUAGCUAGUUUUCCAUUUGAUGACCACAAUUGUCCUCCAAUUCAACUGAUAAUAUCAUUUUGUCAAAGUGCGUACUCGUGGUUGAAGGAGGAUAUUGAUAAUGUUGUUGUGGUGCACUGUAAGGCUGGAAUGGCAAGGACAGGGCUGAUGAUUUCUAGCCUUCUUUUAUACUUAAAGUUCUUUCCUACUGCUGAAGAGUCCAUUGACUACUACAACCAGAAGAGAUGUUUUGAUGGAAAAGGGCUUGUUCUGCCAAGUCAAAUUAGAUAUGUAAAAUACUUUGAACGCAUCUUAACAUACUUCAAUGGCGAAAACCAACCAGGGCGUAGGUGCAUGCUUAGGGGAUUUCGGCUUCACCGAUGCCCUUAUUGGAUCAGGCCCUCUAUUACCGUCUCUGAUUAUAAUGGUGUUCUUUUCUCCACAAAAAAGCAUCCCAGAACCAAGGAUUUGUCUCCAGAAGAAUACUGGUUUAGUGCACCAAAGAAAGGGGUCAUGGUCUUUGCUUUGCCAGGGGAACCUGGUCUAGCAGAAGUUGUUGGAGACUUUAAAGUCCAUUUUCAUGACCGCCAAGGAGAUUUUUACUUUUGGUUAAACACAACAAUGAUGGAAAACAGAAAGAUUUUGAGCACCAAUGAUAUCGAUGGGUUCGACAAGAGGAAACUGCCUUCCCCAGGAUUCCAGGUUGAGGUUGUGCUAGUAGAUUAUAAUGGCCCUGCUCAAACAGGGCCAAACAGUGAAACAGCUCCUAAGAAGUCAAAUGAAGGUUCAAGUGCUGCUCCAGUUCCAGUUGAUGCAAGUGCUACUGCAGCUGCUCCAAGUCAAAAUAAAGACCGGGGAUGUAAUGAUAAAGAUGAAGUGUUUUCAGAUAGUGAAGCAGAGGGAGGAACUGUUACCACUAGCACGACUAGUUCUGAAACUAAAACUGAUCAAGUUGCACGUUUAACACAUGCUACCGAGCAAUUUUCUCUUGGUAACACAGGUUCGCAACAGGUGCAUGCUACUACUGAACCAAAAAGUGCUGUUGUUGGUGGAGCUGUCUCAGGCCUUGGGGUUAACAACUCAGAGAGUGAGUUCAAAGCGAUGGCUGCGGAUGCUUCUGUUUUCACUUUUGGAGAUGAAGACGACUAUGAAAGUGAGUGAUGAUGGUAAAUUGUGGUACGAUUGGUUUCAGACGUACAUUAUAAGACUAAACAUUGUAAAAUUUCGCCUCUGUUUUUCCGGACCUGCAUGGUCUCCGGAAAGUUAAAGCCACCUGGGGUUCUGGAUACAGCUUAAGAGCAAACUGUUUUCCAUGAACAUUUUUAUGGACAGAAAAUAACAUUUGUAAUAUUUAGCUAAUCCUUAGAGGUAAGUUUGGCCCGAUUUAAAGGAUCUGUUGAAUUUAUCCUAUUGAAAUUAAUUUUAAAUUGUUCAUACGUUA